UUCAGGUGGUGCUGGGGCGGAACUGGCCCGCGAGCGGGGGCGGGGCUGCGGCAGGUAGAGCUGCCCGGCGGCGGGCGCGGAAGGACGCGAUGAGGGGCUGCCGCCUCUGCAGAUUCGACGCAGUCCGGGGCCCUCGGCGGCUUAUGCGCGUGGGCCUCGCGCUGAUCCUCGUGGGCCACGUGAACCUGCUGCUGGGGGCCGUGCUGCACGGCACCGUCCUGCGGCACGUAGCCAACCCCCGCGGUGCGGUCACCCCCGAGUACACCGCUGCCAAUGUCAUCUCCGUGGGCUCCGGGCUGCUGAGUGUUUCCUUGGGCCUUGUGGCCCUCGUGGCGUCCAGGAAUCUCCUUCAACCACGACUGCACUGGGCCCUGCUGGCAGUAGCUCUGGUGAACCUGCUCUUGUCCACCGCCUGCUCUCUGGGCCUCCUCCUCGCGGUGUCACUCACUGUGGCCAAUGGUGGCCGCCGGCUUAUUGCCGACUGCCAUCCAGGACUGCUGGACCCUUUGCUACCGCUGGACCAGGGGCCUGGACACGCUGACUGCCCUUUUGACCCCACAAGAAUCUAUGAUACAGCCUUGGCUCUCUGGAUUCCUUCUUUGCUCAUGUCUGCAGCGGAGGCUGCUCUGUCUGGUUACUGCUGUGUGGCAGCACUCACCCUCCGUGGGGUUGGGCCUUGCAGGAAGGAAGGGCUACAGGGGCAGCUGGAGCAAUUGACAGAGCUUGAUCAUCCUAAAUGUAGAGAGCAGGAUAAUGAGCAGCUACUGGAUCAAAAUCAAGAAAUGCAGGCAUCACAGAAAAGUUGGGCUUAGGACAGGUGCUGAUCCAGAAGCUCAGUCCACAGGGCUUUCCACUGACCCCCAGGAUGAUAUAAAUACUGUAAUAAAAGAACUCUUCCACUUGACUCUGAUUUGGGGGGAAAGGGCACUGGGUGACCUUAAUUAAAGAAUACAGUGGUCUCUGCUAGUUACAAGAGUUUAAUGAGGAAAGAACUUAAUAUUCUUCCCUGAGCUCUACCAGUUAUUGAAAGGAAAAGCUGGUGCUGGGUAUCCCUCCACACCACUCACUGAUGAAUUUCAGCACAUCCUGGCACACUGGACUGUGCGAGGUCUGUAAGCAAAUAGAAAGAACAUCAGAGGAACUCAUCAGUGCUGAGAAAAACAUUCCUGCUAUAAAGAAAAUGAGCUCCAUCAGUAUGGGCAGCAGGCAGCAGCAUGCACCUGCCUUCUUGACAAUCCCACCAUCCUCCUAGUUUGUUUUCUUCAGUGCGAUAUUCUCCCUGCCCCAUCAUUCAAGUCUCCCCGCUCUAACCUUGAUAGCCAUAAGGAACUUAUUCCAGUUGUCCUUGUUAACUGCCGUCCCUGGCCGCUUAAAGUCAAUUUUGUUCCUCAGAAUGGGGUAUCCUGUAGGGGAAGGAAAAAAAGAUGAACUGGGGUUUGAGCGGGAUUGAGGGAGAAAACAGUAAUUUAGGGGUAGGGAUGUUCUUGUCUUCUGCAUCCUUUACUAAAUCAGUAAAAUAGUG